AGUGGCAUCAGUCACGUACAAGCUUUCAUUCGAUUAAAAAAAAAAAAUGGCCCGUAUUCGAAACGCGAAGGAGGGCAUAAGGCAUACCUUUUGGUUUGCAUAUCCGUUCUCGAGAAUGCUCGGCUACUGGCCAUUGAGCGUCUCAUCAUCCACGUUCGCCAAAAUCUCGAAUUACGUUAUAAUUGUUCUCUCGUAUUUGCUCACAUUGAUAUUCAUGGUCCCAGGCCUUCUCUACAUAUUUCUGAAAGUGAAAAACGGCAGGUCGAGGAUUAAACUGCUGAUGUCGCACAUUAACGGGAUCGUACAAAUGGCCAAGUAUACGAUUCUAUUGCGACGAACGAAGGAAAUUGGCAAAUUAUUGGACGAGAUAAGGAAGGAUUGGAUGAUGGCCACGGAGGAGAAUCGACAAAUUUUCAGCACGAGGGCGUCCAUCGAGCACAAGCUGACCAUGGUAGUAGUGGUCACCAUGUACGGUGGAGGUUUUUUUUACAGGGCGAUCCUUCCAAUUUCGAAGGGCAGAAUCACUUUAUCGAACAACGUGACUAUAAGAUUGUUACCUUGUCCGGGUUACUUUGGCUCCUUGGACGAGCAGGUUAGCCCCAACUACGAGAUAAUCUUCAUCCUGCAAGUUCUCGGCGGAUUCGUCAUUUAUACAGCUGUGUGCGGCACCAAGAGUAUUUGUUUGAUGCUGUGCUUGCAUAUGUGCGGUUUGUUGAAGAUCUUGACGAACAAGGUGACGGAACUUACGAGUGACAAGGACGAAAAAAUUGUGCAAGAGAAGAUCGCGCAUAUCGUCGAGUAUCAGACCAGGAUCAUAGAAUUUUUGAAUGAGCUUAACCAAUUCGUGCCCUCUGUUUAUUUUUUCGAAAUUAUCCUUGAAGUAUUGAUCAUAUGCAUAAUUGGAUAUUGUCUUAUCACGGAAUGGGAAGACAACAAUACUAUGGCUACAGUAAUUUUUGUUGUCUUCCAAAUAACUUGCUUCAUUGGCACGUUCGCAGUAUGCUACGCAGGUCAACUUCUAGUUGACGAAAGCGAGAAUGUUAGACAAGCAUGCAGCACAUUGAAUUGGUAUCGAUUACCUGUGAAAAAGGCGCGCAGCUUGGUAUUAUUAAUCAUUAUGUCGAAUUAUCCAAUAAAAGUAACAGCAGGAAGAAUUGUAGAUGUGUCCUUAGUCACUUUUACUAGUAUCAUUAAAAGUUCAGUGGGAUAUAUGAAUAUAUUACAACAAGUUACUUAAAAUCGUACGUUUGUUGUUAGAAAACUACAAUGAAAUCUACUAUACGAUACGUUAGCCAAAAAUGAUAUUACUAUGUAGUACACAGCACUUUGUUCACUUUCCUUUCAAAUCAAAAUUUAAACUGCAAUUACGAGAAAAUUGUACAAUUUUGUUCCUUCAGCAUUUCACCCUUUGUAUUUAUUUUAUAUUUAUCGCAACAGAGACGCAAACUUCGCAAACGAUACAGUAC